GGUCCUGUUUGUUCUGUAUAUAGUGAUGUAGUCUACCAGACAGAACUCACCUCUCUUUUUUACACCAUAUUGUCAGGUUCAGACUAUUUACAACAUGAGACCCAGGAGGACAAGCUGAAGAGGGAGGCAUCAGCUGGUGAGCUUGAGUUGAAGAUGGAAAAAGAAUUAAAAGAGAUAUUAAUGAGAGAUGAGAUGAUAAAACAACUAGACACACUGGAUGAUAUGACCCAGGAAGUGAGAAAGAAAGAGAGACUACUGGAGGAGAAGAACCAGACAAUGGGACAGAGGGAUAAACUAUUAGAAGAGAAAGAAAACCAACUGGAACAGAAAGAGAAGCAACUAAAGGAUAGAGACAUUCAACUAGAUGCACUGAGAAAGAACCUGCAGGACAAGAACAGCCAAGUAGAGAACUUCAGAGUCCUACUGCAGGAAAAAGACCUUCAACUAGAGGCACUGAGAAAGAACCUGCAGGACAAGAACAUCCAAGUAGAGAACUUCAGAGUCCUACUGCAGGAAAAAGACCUUCAACUAGAGGACAGGAACCACAGAAUGGAAGAGAAGGACAGACUACUGGAAGAGAGUGAAAAUGAACUAAAAGAGAGGAGGCAGGAACUAGAAGAGAAAGAUAAACUACUAGAGGAGAGAGAGAAGCAGUUAAAGGAAAGAGACAAACAAGUGGAGGAUGUCAACAACGAAAAUGCUGAACUGGCUCAACAGAUAUGUGAUGUGAAGACUGAGGUAGAGAGACUGAGAAGAGAGACCUCCGCCCAGAUGACUGAACAUGGAGAGACCUCAGAUACAGGUUCCAUAAUAGCAGUCAGGAGAAGACACAGCAUGGAUGGUCCUCCAGUCAUGGGAGGAGAGACCUCAGGUACAGACCACACACUUCCACUGAGGAGGAGAAACAGCAAGGAGUUAAAUCCUCCAGAUAUGGGAAGAGAGAGCAGCAGUCCAGACUCCCCAGUGUCUCCCAGUGUGUCUGAGCUGAGACUGGUGCUGCUGGGGAGGACUGGGGCUGGGAGGAGUGCAGCAGGAAACACCAUCCUUGGCAGAGAGGAGUUUGGGGCCCAGGCCAGCCCCUCUGCAGUGACCCAGAGGAGUAAGAGGAGAGAGGGGGGACGUGGUCUGGGGAGACGGCUGGUGCUGGUGGACACUCCAGACUGGUUCUGUCCUGGACUCUCUCUGGAUGAGAUGAGACAGGAUGUGGGGCUCUGUGUCCGUCUGUCUGCCCCGGGACCCCACGCCUUCCUCCUGGUCAUACCAGUGGAGCCCUCCAGGGGGGAGGAGAGAGGGGUGCUGGAGAGAAUAGAGGAGAUGUUUGGGGAGGGUUGUUGGGGACACACUGUGAUUCUAUUCACCCAUGCUGAUGGCCUGAAAGAGCAGAGCAUUGAGGAGUUUCUCCAAGCAGGGAGCCAGGACCUCCAGCAGCUUGUAGAGAAAUGUGGGAGCAGGUACUACGUCCUCAACAUUAAGGACAGGGCCCAUGGCACUCAGGUCCCAGAGCUGCUGAAGCAGGUAGAGGAGAUGGUGGCAGGAAACAGAGAGAGAUUCUACAGCAGUCAGACCUACCAGGAGGCAGAGGACCAGAUGGAGAGGGAGUUCAGCAGACAGAUGGAGGAGAAGAAUAGACAGAUGAAGGAGAAGGAUGGAGUGAUGAAGGAGAAGGAUAGAGUGAUUGCGGAAAGGGAUGGAGAGAUAGAGGGACUGAUAGAAAGACUGUGGGAGAUGUGCAAAUGA